CUCUGUAGUACUUUGUAAAUUUAAAGAACGUCACGAUUCACGUUGAGUGGAGGUAGCUCGCGUGUCAGCUGCAUGUAGUUGCAUCAUUACACGUGUGUACACCAUCUGGAAGAAAUACCCGAAUUGUACCGGUCGUGAUACAUUCGAAGAAAUCCGGAACACGCGACGGUGAAGCGAAUACUUAAUAUCCCCGGAUACAGAGAGGUGUAAAAUGGUUCUGGACCUUGAUCUUUUUAGAACAGACAAGGGAUUCGAUCCCGAAAAAAUUCGGGAGAAUCAAAGGAAGCGAUUCAAAGACGUCGGGCUGGUUGACACCGUUGUCGCAAGAGACACGUUUUGGCGACAGUUGCGGCACAGGGCCGAUAAUUUGAAUAAAUUGAAAAAUGUAUGCAGUAAAGAGAUCGGCGAAAAAAUGAAGAAAAAAGAACCAGCUGGCGGAGAUGAACCGGUGCCUAAUAACUUGGCUGAAAAUUUGGAUAACGUAUCCUCGGAUAACCUCAAAAAACUAAACGUCAAUCAGAUAAAGAAGGUUCGCGCGCUGAUCGAGGAAGCGAUUCAGCAGAAUGCUCAGGACCUUAUAAAAACUGAGACUGAGCGUAGAAGCGCACUGCGUGAAGUUGGUAACCACCUCCAUGCGUCUGUUCCAGUUAGCAACGACGAGGAUGAGAAUAAAGUUGAAAGAACAUUUGGGGAUUGUACCCAGCGCAAAAAGUAUUCCCAUGUUGAUCUGAUACACAUGAUUGACGGUAUGGAUGGAGAUCGUGGCAGCGCCGUCUCUGGUGGUCGAGGAUACUUCCUUGUUGGGCCGGCAGUCUUUUUGGAACAUGCACUGAUCCAAUUUGCAUUGAGGAAGCUUUUCGACAAGGGCUACAAGCCGUUGUACACUCCGUUCUUCAUGAGAAAAGACGUGAUGCAAGAAGUGGCCCAGCUCUCUCAGUUCGACGACGAGCUUUACAAAGUAAUUGGAAAGGGGAGUGAACGUGGAGAUGAUAAGGAAAUUGAGGAAAAAUACCUGAUAGCCACUUCUGAGCAACCUAUCGCCGCUUUCCACAGAGACGAGUGGAUCGCCGAAGCCAGUCUUCCGAUAAAAUAUGCAGGUCUGUCUACUUGCUUCCGACAAGAGGUCGGGUCCCAUGGUCGAGAUACUAGGGGUAUAUUCAGGGUACAUCAGUUUGAGAAAGUUGAACAAUUUUGUCUCACCUCGCCACAUGACAACAAGUCUUGGGAGAUGAUGGAUGAAAUGAUAGAAAACGCCGAGUCGUUUUAUCAGGAGCUUAACAUUCCGUAUCGGGUGGUAAACAUCGUAUCUGGGGCACUGAAUCAUGCGGCUUCUAAAAAACUGGACUUGGAAGCCUGGUUCCCUGGUUCUGGAGCUUUUAGAGAGCUGGUCUCUUGCAGCAACUGUCUUGAUUAUCAAGCUAGACGACUUCUUGUUCGUUAUGGACAAACAAAAAAGAUGAAUGCUACUAUGGACUACGUUCACAUGCUUAAUGCCACAAUGUGCGCAGCUACAAGAGUCAUUUGCGCUGUAUUAGAAGUAAAUCAAACUGAAACUGGGAUUGUAGUACCUGAUGCUAUCAAGCAGUUUAUGCCUGCUAAGUAUCAGAAUGAAAUUCCGUUUGUAAAACCAGCUCCUAUCGACGAGGCAGAAACCAAGAAACAAAAGAAACAGAAAGAAGGAAUGAAAAAAUAAGAUUCACUUCAUUAGCUUUGUUAUCUUAUAAAUAACUUGACUCAACUAACUUUAACGACUCCAU